AUGGAUGCCGCGGGUACUCUUGCCUUGAUCUACCUAAAAGUUGUCAACGACCGCGGCCCAAUAACAAGAUCAUCAUUCCACGACAUCUUGCACGCAGGAUUCGAUUUCACCGAAAACAUCCGCCAUUUGUUAAUCGACAGAAUAUUUUCCGUGUUGACGGAUCAAAAUGCGCUGCACCUGGACCUGGAGCGCUGGAUCAAAGCUCUGUCGUUGACCUUAAGAGGAACUUUGUCCGAAAGAUCCAAAGCUGCCUUCAACGUAUAUGACUCACUGAUGUCCGGAAAAGUGAAGCGCGAGCAGAUUUAUCUGAACAUGCGAGGCUGUUUGGUGGGGCUGAGUGACGAGGAUCAGUCCGAAUCUUUAAAAGAUUUAGUAGAGAUGAUUUUGAAGAACCUGGACCUGGACCGCGACGGACACAUCAGUGAGGUGGAUUUCUGCCAAGCUGCUGAUAAGAAUCCGCUUCUGUUGGAGUGCAUGGGACCUGUGUUUCCCUCGCGAGAAGCCUGUCACGCUUUUUCGACGACUUUCACUCGCAGUCCUGGAGAUUUUUGA